AUGGCAUUGGGUCAAAAGAAAGAUAUAUUUGCCCCAGAAACGAUUGGGGACGUUCAAAGUUUUUUAAAUCUUUGUGAUAAAUGGAAAUUGGAUUUAUCCCCAAUAUCCACAAUGACAAUUUUGAUUGUGUUGUUUGUGAAUAUUGGUCUCUUCCGUGUCGUGGUCUGUGUUACUCGUGUCGUCGUAGAACUGCCUCUUUCGUUACAAUCGUCUGAUGUCUGUCUCUUUAUAGAGACACAGUUGAUCACUGAGCGUGCGCCGAUGAUCUUAGUAGUUUUUGCCAAUUGUAAUUGUGUUGUUCAUCAAUCAUCAUCAUCAUCAUCAUCAUCAUCAUCAUCAUCAUCAUCAUCAUCAUCAUCAUCAAACUAUUGUCCAAUUAUUAUAAUUCUAUACUAUAUAUCUAUUAUAUAUAUAAUACUCUUCUUACUACAAGAUAAACUAUAUCAUUGUCAUCAUCUUCACCAUCAUCUGAUACCAUUCAUAUAUAUAUAUUACAAUACCAGUCCAAGUCCAGUCGUCACAUUCAUUCUUUCAUUCAUUCACCAGCAGCACAGCAAUCUAGAUUACAAUACAACAUUAUACAUACAUCAAUUAUCUUUCUUUCUUUUUAUACCGAACACAAGUUUCCAGACAAAAGAAAAAAAAGUUAUCCAAGCCACUGUCCAUACCAUACUAGUCCAAAGUCAAAGUCGUCUUCCAAGUGUGUCUGUCCAAAUCCAUCAUCAUAUGACCGAGACCAUCAAUGAUUUGUCCGCGCAAAAAGGUUCGAUUGUCCAGCACUGCCAACAAGUAAAAGACACAAAGUCUAUAGAGCUCCCACCAGCUCCAGGAAUAUAG